AUGACGCCGACUGACGAGUCGUUUGAUAGUAAUAACCGCACAGAUAUUGCUGAAAAAGACUUAGCAGUGAGAAACAUUCAGCAUGAAGAGACACACGGCCGAAAAGAAAAAAAAUUCAUCGAAAGCGACGCUGGUGAUGGUAGUAGAAGAGAAGACCAGUAUCUACAUGGACUAAGAUUAGCAUUAUGUUUUACGGCAAUAUUUUUGUGUCUUUUCCUUGUUGCAUUGGAUCAAACUAUUAUUGCCACUUUGCUUACGGUUGUUGGGAAUAAAUUUAAUGGAUUUGACAAAAUUGGAUGGUUAUCAGCAGGUUUCCUUUUGUCAAUGGCUGUUUUUGCUGCAACUUGGGGUAAGAUUUCAAUUAUAUUCGGAAGAAAGAUAACGAUGUUUAUUGCAGUUAGUCUCUUUGAAGCCGGCUCGUUGAUGUGUGCAUUAGCCAAUGACAUGAAUGUGCUUAUUGGGGGUAGAGUUCUCGCCGGUAUAGGCGGGGGAGGUAUUCAGUCAAUGGUUUUUAUUUUGAUCAGUGAGAUUGUUCCCUUAGAAGUUAGACCUCUUGGUAUGGCUGGUAUGGGAUGUACCUUUGCUGUAGCUAGCGUGCUUGGCCCUCUUAUAGGUGGUGCAUUUACUUCGAGUGUUUCUUGGAGAUGGAGUUUCUAUAUUAAUUUGCCUAUUGGUGGGGUUGCAGCAGCAUUUUUCUUUUGGGCAUUUAACCCUCCAAAGACUAAUGGUAGUAUGAGGGAAAAGCUCAAAAUGAUUGAUUAUUUAGGUACCGCACUUUUAUCGGCAGGUUUAGUUGUUUUCCUUUUAGCUUUAACUUUUGGUGCUGGCGAUCAAUUUUCUUGGGAUUCUGCUGCAGUCAUUUGUUGUUUUGUUUUAGGUGGGGCAGUAUUAAUCGUAUUCUGCAUUUGGAAUUUCAAAUAUUCAAAGAAUCCACUUAUCCCUCCUGAUGUCGUGAAAUCCUUGGGGGUAGAUGCAUCAGCUCUUAUGAUAUUUGGGAUGUUUGGUUAUUUCAUGGCAAUUGUGUUGUAUGUAUCAAUUUACUUCCAAGUUAUUCAUGGUGCUGAUGCAUGGCACUCCGGUAUACAUUUGCUUCCUAUUAUUAUCCCUGUGGCACUUACAUCCAUUUUAAAUGGCAUCCUCAUUCACAAAUCUAGAUUUGUUAAGCCAUUUGGCUUAUUUGGUGCAAUUUUGGGUCCAGUCGGAAUAGGUCUCCUUUGUUUAUUAGAUGUUGAUUCUUCUCAACCCAGACAGAUUGGUUUAUUGAUUAUUUCAGGUAUUUCUUGUGGUUUCCAAAUGCAGGCUGCAUUGAUUUCCUCCCAGAUUUCAGCACCAAAGACAGCCGGUGGUACUAUUUUAACUACAACAUUUGUAAAUUUCGGUAGAGCCGUAGGAGGUACAAUUGGUGCAGAUUUGGCUGAUGCAGUAUAUUCAGCUUCAUUUCAAAAUAAAUAUGUGACCGCAUUAUCCAAAAUAAGUGAUGAGCGGAUUUUGUCUGAAUUAAAUCAGAUUAAUGAAAGAGAAUUAAUAGCAUCAACAGAUGCGAUUGAAACAUUAUCACCUGGAGCUCAACAGUUUGUCAAAGGCCAAGUUAUGGAAGCCAUUAGGAAUGUAUUUUACAUGUCUCUCGGGUUUUCUGCGGUAGGAUUUAUCGGCUGCAUAUUCACAACAAAUAAGCGGUUACCUGAGGUUACAGGUGGGUUGAUGGCAGCAGAAGAAGACGAGAAAGGUUAA